UUUCACAAUAUUGUCGCAACAAAAUGGCGGAAAAAUCGCGAACUCCCGUCUCAAGUCGAGCAACUUCAAGUGGAGUGGAAACUGCUCACGAAGCUCGAUCUAAAGCAAGAUCAGGGAAGAAGGAUCGGGUCGUGGCAAUGUCUCCAAUGAAUCGACAACGCAAAAAUAAGUCGCAUGUAUUAAAUGAAAAGGAUGAGCGUCCAGGUGGUAUUAUUAAAGAAAAAUCAAGCGUUCGUUCAAUGGCAAAAACUCAACCACCAUCAGGUCGAACUAUUUCUCUUACUGAGAUUAAUAAGCCAAAUGCUCUGUCAAAAAAGAAUACUGAAAUCAAAGCAGCAGUUGAGAUUCAGAAUCGAUUGACGAAGAAAAUGGCGAAAAACUCUGAGAGAAGAAAACAAAUGGCACAUGGACCGGAGAUGACUGCACAAAAUCGAACACAGGAGAGAAUUGAUUUUGUUGAUUUCCUCGAUCGACAUUAUCAAGUAAUUCAAGCCGGGGUUCACAAAAUUCAAUACACAAAGGAGGAAUUUGAGAAUGUGAUCUACGAGGCUCAAACCAUCUUCUCAUCGGAAAAAGCUCUUGUUGACAUCGAUCCACCAUGUGUCGUAGUUGGAGAUCUUCAUGGACAAUUCAACGAUCUUAUCAACAUGUUCAUUCUAUUGGGACGUCCUCCUGAGACAGUUUAUGUUUUCACUGGUGAUUAUGUUGAUCGAGGAAUGAUGAGUCUAGAGUGUAUAAUGCUCUUGUUCACCUAUAAGAUCUGCUAUCCCGAGAAUAUUGUGCUGCUCCGUGGAAAUCAUGAAAUUGCAAGAGUCAAUAAGAAAUAUGGAUUCUAUGAAGAAUGCGUGACUUCGAUUCCAAAGUGUGGAGAGGAGAUUUGGGCUUUGUUCCAGCGUUGUUUCAACAAUCUUCCAAUCUCCGCUUUGAUCGCUACAAAGAUUCUAUGCAUGCAUGGUGGAUUGUCUCCUGCUCUGACAUGUCUUGAUGAACUUCGCAAUCACCCGAAACCAAUUCGCAACCCAUUCCGUGGAAUUGUGAAUGACAUGCUCUGGGCUGAUCCGGAUCCAUCUGUUUUUGAAUGGAAGGCAAGUUCCCGUGGAUCUGGUUUCACCUUCGGAACAAAUGUGAUUGAUGACGUUUGUAAACGUCUUGGUGUCGAGCUUAUCAUCCGUGCUCACCAAAUGUGUUUCGAUGGUUAUUGGGUAUUGAGUGGACGGAAGCUUAUCACCAUCUUCUCUGCUCCAAUGUACUGCAACUUCUACAAGAACGCUGGAUGUGUGUUGAAAGUUGACGAGACGUUGGGCAUUCAGAUGAUCGCAUUUGUUCCAGCAUCGGAGAAUAUCGAGAAGAUCAUUGAAGAGAAGAAUCGUGUCUGGGAUAUUUCUAUUGAUUGUAUUGAUUAAUACUUGGAAUAAAGUUAUUGAAUUAUUUG